AAGCUACCGAUUUCCGGUACCCAUAGCAUUGUGGGCUCAACUAUUGGCUUCUCGUUGGUAGCCAGAGGCACCCAGGGUUUGAAAUGGUCAACCAUGGGUACCAUAGUUGGUUCUUGGUUUAUAUCGCCGGUCUUAAGUGGUUUAGUCAGUAUUUUGCUAUUUUUGGCAAUACGCAAGUUUAUAUUGAGAGCCGCUGAACCGCUUAAAGCCGGUUUCCGUUCGUUGCCCAUAUUCUAUGGUGUGACAUUUUUCAUAAAUGUCAUCAGUGUUAUGUUGGAUGGACCAAAGUUGCUUUAUAUGGAUAACAUACCCACCUGGUUGGCUGUGACUGUUAGUGUGGCAUUGGGUCUAUUGGUGGCCAUAUUGACUCAGCUGGUGUUGGUGCCUAUGCAGAAGCGUAAAAUUGCCAAACAAUUAAGAGCUAAAAAUCCUGUCAAAUUUCAAUUUGAGGAUUCUGUGGAAUCCUCACCGUCCGGUAGCCCUAAGAAAAAUCGUCGUCCUCUCAGUUUGGUGAGCGAUGGCAAACAACUGCCUGCAAUUGCCGAAAUUACCGAGCUGGUCUCGUUGACAGACAAUUCGCCAAAAACCUUUAAGCUAGCCCCCUUUAAUUUGAACGGCACGAAACCGUUGAACGGCGGCACCACACCCGAUGGCUAUAAAAUCAAUCCGGAAAUCAUCAAAAAGGCCGAAGAUCUCUUGGGCAAAGCCAGUCUGGACAAUACCGAUUUGACUAUAACCAGUUUGAAUUUUAUUGACGAACAGGCCAACGGCAAUGGAAACGGCUUGAAUGGUCUGAAUGGUCUCCACAAAACGACACCCAAGGAUAAUUUGAAUUCAUUGGAAGCUUGUUUUAAGCCACCACAACAAAUAUCUGCCACUCAGCAAACCAAUGAGCUUCCUAAUCUAAAUGCCAAUGCCAAUGCAACAGCAAACAACAAUAGCUUACCACCACCGCCACAAUCUGCAUUGAAAGUUUCCGAUUCCCUGGAUACCAUGGAUGAAUGUGAUAAGGCAACAGCAAGCUUGAUGCCGAACAGUAUUGAAAAUUCGAAAAAUCUCAAAGUCAUUGAGAGUGGUAGCAGUUUGGACAUGAUGAUUUCCUCAACGCUAUCGCCAAAUUCCAGUAAAGUUCCUUUAAUUGAGAGCAAAGAAGCCAUUAAUGAUUUUAAGAAUCCCUCAGCGGAACACAGCGACGAGGAGACGGAAGAAGUUUCAAUGCUAUUUUCAUUUUUACAAAUUUUAACCGCUACAUUUGGUAGUUUUGCUCAUGGUGGUAAUGAUGUGAGCAAUGCCAUUGGCCCCCUAAUUGCUUUAUAUAUGAUUUAUCGUGAAGGUUCUGUGAUGCAAAAGGCCGAAAGUCCCAUAUAUAUUUUGAUAUAUGGUGGUAUUGGCAUUUCUAUAGGUCUAUGGCUAUGGGGUCGUCGUGUUAUUGAAACCAUUGGCAAUGAUUUAACCAAAAUUACCUCAUCAACUGGUUUUACAAUUGAAAUUGGUGCUGCUAUAACUGUACUGCUGGCCAGCAAAGUUGGUAUACCAAUUUCCACGACCCACUGUAAAGUGGGUUCGGUGGUAUUUGUCGGUCAUAUAGCCUCUAAGGGAGCCAAAAAAGACAACAACAACAGCAAUAAUGGUGAAACGAAGCAAUCAACAACAGCAACAACCACUAAAACCGAACUAACCAAAGAUGAUAUGCAAGCUUUAGAGAAUGGUCCCGAAACUGCGGCCAAAGGUCAUGGUCAUUCCGAUGGCAGUGUUGAUUGGCAUUUAUUCCGUAAUAUUGCCUAUGCUUGGAUUGUUACGGUACCCGUAACAGCAUUACUGAGUGCAGCAAUAAUGUUUAUUUUAUGUGUGUCAACCGGUGUUUAAGUCAAAGGAAAAACGGAUGGUUUUUAAAUUAUUUAAAAAAAAAAAUAGUACUUAGCAUGCAAACUAGAACAACAAUAGUUUACAACAAUAAAUUAUAAAAAAGAAUACAAAUAAUUGUCAAAGCAGAGUUAAUUCCAUAAUAAAAAGCAGAUAAUAUAACAAAAAGCCUGCAAAUUUUUGUUAGUUUGUAUAACAGUUUUAAUUUGUUUUUAUCUUUUUUUGUUUUCUUUUCAAAACUCUGCUCUACAAUUCAGUUUUAAUUUUUCUUUGUAUGAAACUAUAAACCUAACGAACUAUCAAUAUUUUUGUAUAACAGUUUUUGUAUAACACUUUUUAAACACCAGCACCACACCACCCAGGGUAUACAUGUUUUAUGUUAUAUUGUAUUGUUUAAUUAUUACAACUUUCUUUCCCCGUAUUGAACAGAUGAAAUACAAAUUUUUAGUUUUGUUUUAAGAAAACGCAAACAAAUAUUUUUUUUUAAUUUUUUUAAAAUGGCUUAGUGUAAAGCAAACAUUUGUGAUUGUAAUUAUUUGAGAGAAAGGUGGAAUUAUUCAAAAUUUUUAUUUAUAACCAAACAGAAAUUAAUUUUUUGUUGUUAAAUAAUGAAUAUACAAAUUUCUUUUCUUCAGCGACCCAUAGUGAAAUCCGGUGAAGAAUAACUUCUCUAUUGACACCAGGUCCCUAAAAUCACUUUAUGGCGCUCCAAUGGGCCUUGAGACAAAAAUGUACAAAAAUAACCUAACAUCUGUGUAUCUAAAUUUAAAAUUACUUUUUUCUUGAUAUCUAUUAGUGCUACAGAUUUCCUCUAUUUGGUGACUUAUAGCAGAAUUUGUUGAAGAAUGUUUCUUCUAUUGGUACCUUGCCACAAAUCUGAAGUAUUGUGGGUCAAAUGGCCAGAAAAAUGAAGCUAAUAGGAAAUUUACUCAAAAACUUGUUCAAUUUAAAAAAAUGAAUAUUUCGUUGUUAAAUAUUGAUUAUAUAAAUUUUCUUUGUUCCGAGACCCACUAUAGAAUUCGAUGUGGAAUAUUUUCUCCAUUGACAGCAAGUCCCUUAAAUGCCUUAUUUGGGUACUAAUUUAUGUUGUAUACGAAAAUAACCUAAAAAUUCUGCAUCAAAAUUUUAACUCACCUUUUUCAUGGUAUCUGUUAGAGCCUCAUAAUUCUUUUUAAAGAAGACUCAUAAUGAAAUUUUCUGCAGAAAAAAUUCUUCAUUGACCGCUAACUACAAAAAUGAAGUUUUAUGGCUUAAACUGCCAUCAACAUGGAACCUAACCUAAAAAAUGUUUAAAAAAAGUAAACCAAACUAAAAUGAAUAUUUCUUUGUUAAAUAUUGAUUAUAUACAUUUCGUUUGCUCAGUGACUAACUGUAAAAUUCAGUGUAGAAUAUUUUCUCUAUUGGCAUCAAGCCCCAAACAUGCCUUAUUUGGGUACUUAUUGGCUCUCCAUGAGAUAUAUACAAAAAAUAACCUAAAAAUUCCCCAUCAAAAUUUGAAGUCACCUUUUUCUUGGUAUCUGUUAGAGCUACCAACUUCUUUUCAAAGAAGACUCAUAAUGAAAUUUUCUAUAGAAAUUGUUCUUCAUUAACGGCAUAAACCAAGAAUGAAGUUUUAUGGGUCAAACUACCAUCAACACGGAACCUAACCUUAAAAAAAUGUUUAAAAAAAGUAAACUAAACUAAAAUGAAUAUUUCUUUGUUAAAUAUAGAUUAUAUAAAUUUUAUUUGCUCCGCGACCCACAGUGAAAUUCAAUGCAGAAUAUUUUCUCCAUUGACAUUAAACCCAAAAAUUGCCUUAUUUGGGUACUUAUUGGCUCUCCAUGAGUUAUAUACCAAAUAUAACCUAAAAAUUCGUCAUCAAAAUUUGAAGUCGACUUUUUCUUGGUAUCUAUUAGAGCGACAGACUUCUCUUUAAAGAAGACUCAUAAUGAAAUUUUCUGUAGAAAAGAUUCUUCAUUGACAGCCACAAACAAAAAUAAAGUUUUAGGGGUCAAACUGUCAUCAACAUGGAACCUAACCUAAAAAUUAUUUUAAAAUAUUUAAUCCUAACUAAAAUGAGUAUUUCUUUGUUAAAUAUUGAUUGUAUAAUUUUCGAUUGUUCCGCGACCCACUGUGAUAUUCAAUUUAGAAUAUUUUUUCCAUUGGCAUCAAGUCCCAAAAAUGCCUUAUUUAGGUACUAAUUGGCUCUCCAUGAGAUAUAUACAAAAAAUAACCUAAAAAUUCGCCAUGAAAAUUUAAAGUCACCUUUUUCUUGGUAUCUGUUAGAGCUACAGACUUCUUUUUAAAUAAGACUCAAAAUGAAAUUUUCUGUAGAAAAUAUUCUCCAUUGACGAUAUUAACCAAAAAUAAGGGAUUAAGGGUCAAACUGCCAUCAACUUGAAACCUAACCUAAAAAAUAUGCCAAAUAACUUCCAAAAAAUGACUUGCAUUGAGAGUGGAUUUUUUUUGAGUUAGGUUUAAGCUACAGAUAUCUUUUGUACGGAGACUCAUAGUGAAAUUUUGUGUACUAUAUUUCCUCCAUUGAUGGUUCUUGUCAAAAACAAUGUUUUGUGGGUUAAAAAUCGUCAAAGAGAAAAACCAGUCAGUAUUGGCACCAAAACACUUGGUACGAAAUGUAUGACUUCUUUUGAGGGGGUUAGACUCUAGCUGGAGAUUUCAUUUGUUCAGUGACCCAUGGUCAAAUUCAAUGAGGAAUAAUUUUCCCAUUACAACCCUGGUCCAAAACUGAAGUAUUGUGGUCCGAAAUUAGGCAUUUUUACUUGUCUGGCUUAAAAAACCUCUUAACCUCACUUUGUGUGUUUCAAAUUAAUUCCAAAAAUUAAUGUCUAAACAAUAUUUUUCUUGAAAAUUCCAUUGUUUAUAUCUCUCAACAAAAAAACCAUCUUCUUUACUUGCUUUACAUUAGGGCCAUAAUUGUUUUGAACUUGAAACACCCAGAAAACAAAAACUGCUUCAAGGUUUUGAGAAAAAAAACAAAACACCAACUUAAAAUAGAAUUGAACAAAUAAUUGAAAAUAUUUUAACUAAAUACCCAAUAUAAGCCAUAAAAAUUCCUAUUCUCCAAUAAUUUCACACAGCUCUUAAAUGCAAUAACAAGGAAAUAACAACAAAUACAACAGCAACACUUAACACCUAAUUACAAAGUAAUAAACAAAACAGAUACUGUCGUCAUAAAUAGUUAAGUUCAUUAAAGAAACCAAAAAAUAUUUUUAUUUCUUGGAUAAUAACAAAACAAAGCAUUUCAUUUAUAAAAAAAAACAACAAAAAACGAACAACAAAAACAAGCAAUAGCAUUUUUUGGGUUUUUAAAUGUGAAAAAAAUACGAGAACGAGACGAAAAUUACUUAGCUUAGCUUUAAAAACAAGAAUGUGUAAAUUCUUUUGACAUUUCCAUGAUUUUGUAUUUUUUGUUUUCCCCCAAUACUCUUCCUCAUAAAUAUUUGUACUUAAUUUGUGACUCAAAUUAAAUGGGCAAUUCUAUUGGCUUUUGGGAAUUCUUGAGGUUUCCAUUUGCCAAUAGGAAUUGCCUGGUAUUGAGAGUCUUCGAACAUGCCGUUUUUUUCGAAAUAUUUGUCCUUUUUUUUAUUUUCAAAUCUGUGUCUAUUUUUCUAUACAACAUUGAAACAAAAUCAACUACAAAUUUAAAAAAAAAAAAAUAAUAAUAAUAAAAAAGAAACUGAAAAUAAUUGAUAUUAUCGCAUAAGUGAUUGCAUACAAUUAAAUGGUUAAUUAAUAUUAUUAAAUAAUUGUAUUGUAUUAAUUAACUAUUAUUAUUAUUAAUAUUAUACAAACAAAACAAACUAUUAAAACAAUGAUUGUAAAAGAUAUGCAAAAAAAA